AUGGUUGGUCACCCAAUGUAUGGCCAAUGCGAUGAUCGUGACCAAAGCCCCGCCAACUCCGACGAGUUCAGCGACUGUGGUUAUGAGGGCGGCGCACAAAGUAUGCUCACCCCAAUGCAUCUCCGCAAAGCGAAGCUCAUGUUUUUCUUCACUCGCUACCCAAACUCGGCGCUUCUCAAGACGUUUUUCCCGGAUAUUCGUUUCAACAAGAACAAUACAGCGCAGCUUGUGAAGUGGUUCUCGAACUUCAGGGAGUUCUUCUACAUUCAAAUGGAGAAGUUCGCUCGGCAGGCCCUAGCUGAAGGUGUACGAUGCCGUGAUGAGAUUACGGUCAGCCGCGACAGCGAGAUCUUCAAACAGCUCAACACCCACUACAAUCGCAAUAAUCAUAUUGAGCCACCAGAGCGACUCGUUUUUGUCGUCCAAGAAACCCUACGAGAAUUCUUUUCGGCAAUUCAGCUUGGAAAGGAUGCGGAGCCGUCAUGGAAAAAGACAAUUUAUAAGAUCAUCCAACCCCUCGACGACCAAAUCCCAGAGCGCUUCAAAGAUCCCAGCUUUUUAGAGCGUCUUGAG